GCACGGAUAAAUUAUACUAAAGCAGUAAGGCACAAUGAACAAAAGAAGCCACAACAAAUGCAAUUAAGUGAAUAGUGAGAAAUAUAAAAAAAGAACUGAAUAAAAAUGGUGUGAGUGAAUGAGUGGGCGUGAGUGGUCAGUGCAUUUAUUCAGCACUAAGGGCUGAGCAGCCGGAUGCAAAAGAGCGUGACGAAGCAUAAUUAAAGCGGCACUGACCAAAGCCGAUUAAAUAGUGGCCCUUGAUAAAGUCGCGAAAAAGAAUAAAGUGUUGAAGAAGAAAGCUUUUAAAUGCAUUAAGGUAAAAAAAAUAAAUAAACAAACUUGUUAGCCGGUGAUACUGACAAUCCAAAUUCAUUGAAGACACGGUUUCUGAAAAUACCUUAUCUUUAAAUUUGAUCAAAACUAACUGUGAAAAUAGUAUGUUCUUUCGACGCAUGUUCGCGCGUAAGGACAACAGUGGCAGCGGCAGCAACACCGCAUACGAUUACGAUGAUGAAGACGAAGUCAACGCAAACGGCAACAGCCAUGAACGCGGCAACGUAGGUGCCUUAGGCGGCGCAACAGCACGCGGUAAGCAACACAAUAACAACAGCAACGGCAAUGGCACACUCAAUAAUGGUAGUGGCACGACCAGCAGUAGCGACUACGAGCUGCAACCACGGCGAAAUGGACCGCGCAAGUAUGGUGCAACGACCGCAUCCGCAGGUGCAACUGGCGCAACCAAGCAUGUUGGAUCCGCCAGCACGCUGCAUCGUGCCGCCACCACUGGACCAGCCACAGUACAACUGACGCCCUUGUGGGAACACAUAUUGCGUACGCGUACACUGCCCGACAAUGUUUAUCCGAUCCAAAUUUUUGGAGAAUUUCUCGAGCGUCUACGCGAUCCCGAAUGGCAGGUGCGUCAGCAUGCCUUGCGCGUCUUCGUCGAUGUGUUGGUGGUGAUGCGUGCGGAUGCCGACACGUAUAUGGAUCCGUUGAUACCGCGUUUGGUGGAGAAUUUGGGACAUCAGGCGCCUACCGUGAGGAAAGGUGCACUCGAUUGUCUGCGUGUGUAUCUUGCGGAAACGGCGAUGCCCGAAACGAUAUUGCUGCAGAUACUCGAUAUCGGGCUGAAUCAGAAGAUCACAAAUGAACCGUUUGGUGGACGCUUAACAUGCGGUGUUAUGCUAUCCUUACCGGCGCUGGUUCAAUCGACGCUACACACCGGCAAGCGGCACUACAUACUACGGACGGCCGUAGAGAUGUUAGUGCAGAAAAUGGGCCAGGUUACGCAUCAGGAGAUUACACUGAAAGUGCUAUCGAAAUUACGGGAGUUAGUUGGUGAGCCGGAGUUUCGGGAGUAUAUGACAAAGAGUGCAUACAGAGAGUUCAAUUUGUUGUGUAACGUGUAUGGCGUGGAAGCAAAAAUGUCGAAUGUUGCACAUAGACAUGGUAGUGGACACGUUAACCAUUAUGCCAACAGCACUGCUGGCACAUGGCAUUUGCUUUCCAAGCAGACAGCAAGCAGCAGCUGGCGUUCCUCGGACGAAGAGCAAAUGCUCGAGCAAGCCGCUAAGGGUAAAGUUAUAAUGGAGACUGAGAUAAAAAUCAAUGAUGACACAUUGACGAUGCGCAUACUGGAGGCGAAGGACGACGACUUCGAUACAGAAGUCGAUACGGACUCGAGUCCACGCAAAUCCCUAGACACCUAUCCAAAUAGUUUGGAAGAUGAAGUUGUGUGUGGCCGCUUGCCGAGUGCAACGCACGACUCAACGCAUGAGAUAAGCGCAGUCGUACGUUUGCUCAGCGAUUCUGAGUUGGACUUGGAAGAAGAUUUGAAGGGUUUAGUGCAAGCGGCGCACCCGCGCGACAAUCCCGAGUACUACACAGUUGUGACGCCGUCGACACCGUCACGUACGCCAAAACGCGUUACAUUCGGUGGCGAGGUGGUUAAGAUGCGCACACCAGACAGCGAUGCCAACAACUCCAAUAACAGAAACAAUAAUGACAACGCUGCUGUGCAGCAAACACACACACUUUUCGCCACAAAGCCCGGUACACAGAAUGCCAUUGACGCCGGUGGAGGUGGUGGUAGUAGUGACAGUAGUGAAACUGUGCAACGCACCAUAAAAACAACUACGACAACAACUGAAAUAACAAUCAUUAGCACACCAUCUACCUCCGCCGCGAGCAGUCCAGUGCCCGAGGAGGGCUACAAGACCAUGGCGCUCAGCGUGGAAAUCACCAACGAUAAUACCAAACCGCUGCCGCCAGCAGCGACCUCACCAAUGACGCGUCCGCGAACAGCGGCGUCUCCACGGCGUUCCCAAACGCCAAACAACACAGCAGAUGGCGCUGCUACGUCCGUAGCGAGUAACGCAAGCACUUCAACCUCAACGACCACAACAACCACACAGUCACCACCAAAGCGGCAAGACUCGUUCGGCAGCGCCACCUUAUCGCCGCACUCGCCAUUCAAGCGCCACAGCAUUAGUCCCGUGGACAGCAUUAUUAGCCCCAAGGCGCCACACAAACCCAUCGAGGUGAUGCACAACUUGCAACGUGAUCCGUCGCCAGUGCGUGCACGCAGCGCACGACGCGCCGAGUCGAUUAAGGCCACGGCGCCGAAUGUGGAAAGUAAUGAGCUGUCCGCCAAUUCGUUGGAUAGGUCAACAGCAGCGCCGCGCGCACAGACACCUUCACCGCUGCCGCCAAAGACGUGGGAGGAGUUGGACAUUGUCGAUUAUGACACAUUAUUGGACUUGCGUUCGGGGAACUGGCAUCAUCGCUUGCAGGGCGUCGCACAACUCGAAGAAGCGCUACGCAACUCCGAUACACUGGCACUGAUACUGCCAUGUUUGGAUAGUUUACUGCGCACUCUGCUCUCCUCCGAACGUAAUCCCGAUGUGGCGGAAGCCAAGAAGCAGCUACUAAUCAAUCUCAUAACACGUUUACCAUUGGACAACUUGGAGGAACGCACAACACAAAUAAUGACCGGCCUAUGUCGCCAGGGUGGCGCUGGCGCGAAUCGCGUAUGCAAAGCGUUGAUGCAUCGCUUGCCGGCGGCGUCGAUUGUACUCAAAUUGCUGUCGCAAGAAUUUUUACAUGCAAAGAGCUCAAGGUUCCGCGAACACGCGCUACAAAUGGUCAUGUACGCACUCACGACUUUUCCCAGCACCUGCUUCGACACGAAAACCUGCGUCACGCAGGCCACCUAUGCCGCCUUGAAUCGCAAGCGACGUGUACGUCAAGCUGCACUGGAUGUGUUGGCCAUUUUGGGACAAAUAACAACCGGACGCGCGGUGCUCGAUGUGGUGCAGGACAUAGCCGCCGAACGGGAUGAUGGUCCUGCGUUGCUUUCGGCUGUAUGCACGCGGCUCUCGCGCAAGCAAAUGCCGAUCAUCGGCGCCGAUGGACAGGUGCAAUAUGCGCUGCGUGUAAUCUCGCCACAUUCGGCGGAGGCAGCGGACGCGGCAAACGGUCAAAUGGGUGCUGAUAUUGAGUGGAUUGUGGCGGGUGUGGGCUCCGCUUCGCCAGGUUCCUUAAAGCGCCGAGGUUCGCGGCGGAGCUUUCGCUGUUUGCCAACACACUGCAUGUCGGAUGUGGAUGGUAUUGCCAUGGGCACGCCGUGUGGCAGCUUUCGUAUGAGCGAUGGCGAUGGUAAACGUAGACAUGCUUUUCAAUCGCCACCCGAUGUUUAUGGCAAUUUUCGGGACUCAUCGGGGAGCAACAAUAACGACUUGCAUUCGCACAAUUUCCAACACAUCCUCGGCAGCAAUUUGCCAGUGCAAUACGGUCAAACCACAAAGAAAACCGCAAAUGCCGACUACAGCAACUACAUGAGUCGACGUCUGGUGGCCAAAUCCUGCUCGGACUCCUCCAUGGAAGGCAGAAGCUCCGAUAGCAACUACACCAGCAGCAGCGGUGGCGGUGGCAGCGGUACUGGCUGCAAGUCUAACGGUGUUAGCGAUGUGGGUGUUGGCAAUGCAGCGGCGAACGACAGCUGCACGGGCAUCAGCGGCCGUUUCACACGCCAAACGGUGAACUCACGGUUCCCAGCCAUGGAGCGCAUGGAUGUGAACAACUCGUACAAGCGCGUCCACAAGCCACCCACGUACAUGGGCGGCAUGGGCGCUUAUGCGCAACUGCAGCAGCAGCAAAUCAAUAUGAGUUCAACGUAUCCGAAAAUUAACUAUGUAAGCGCACAACAACAACACCAACAACAACAACAACAGCAACGCAAGAGAUCCCAGCAACAGCAUCAGCGGCACACACAGCAGUCGACACUGGCGCAGCCUGUUGUGGUGGGCACGCGCGCAGUGCCGGCGGUGCGGGGUGGUGGCGGCGGCGUUUAUGCUCCAGAUAAUUUCCGUUCAGCCGAAAAUUCUCCAAAGAAGCAUAACAACAAUCAUAACAGCAGCAACUUAACACCGAAUAACAAUAACAACGCGCAUACAGAUUUGGACGGCACCUACACGAUUUACACAGCCAUAGACAAUGGCGGCGGCACGCCUACGCCACAGACAAGUCAGCAGCAAAAUAAACAACAACAACAUGUGCUUGCAACAGCAGCAAACGGACGCCGUUUCGUGAAUGUGGAAAAGUUUGUGAUGCAAAGUAACAGACCUGGGCCAUUGGAUGGAGAGGCAGCUGUGAUUGCGGCGACUGCAAUUGCGGACAUGCAAAAACAGCAAAAUAACGGAUCGAAACAAGCCACACCAGUUUCGAAUAAGUCGGUAGCAUAUUCCCUGAAGUCAACUGCUUCGGCGCAAUCAGCUGAUACACUUAGCCAAACAAACGGUACAUACGAAGAGCAGCGAAACGAAAACAACGCCACACAAAAUCCCAACACGGAUAAGGAGGAUACAACUGAUAACGGUUCAAUCAUACAAAUGGGUGCCUUGCAAGACGCCUGCAGUGAUAAUGAAUCGAGCAGUCCGACACCAGUGAAGUGGCGAAGCGAACACGAUGUUUUGCAGUUGGAGGAUGUGCAGGAUUUAAGCAAUGCCAGUGUGGCGACAGCGAGCAAUACACCGUUGAAAAAGAAUGGCAGCUUGGCGAGUUUGCACAGCAAAAGCGAGAGCAUCAAAACACAGCUCGGCGAUACGCCUACAGUGCUGUCGCGUACGCAAUCCGUGAAGUCCUUGUUAAUAGAGGAAGACAUUGAAGAUAACAGCAGUUUUGUGGUGAUGGAUGAGCUGCACAGCAAACGACAAGGCAGCGGCCUACGCGAGCAGGCGCGCGAAGCAAGUGCCAGCAGUAAAGAAGAAGAUGCACCGCAUGCCUAUGUAGAUGAGGCGGACCAUAUGUAUGACAAAAAUGAGCAUGUACCAUCACAGCCGCAAACACCGGUACGCUCGCGACCACAGUCGCGUUCGCGUUCACCCACCAUCGCAGAGAUUAAAAUGCUAUCGCGGCGCAACUCGAUGAUCAAAUCUAUGGAAUCACUGUACGAACGGACACCAUCGAAGCAGGAGCUCAUAUUCGACCAGACCAGCACCGAGUCAGGCUCUGCGACAAGCUCACAGCUCAAUACAAGCAUACCAAUUAAACCGCAACACACACCGUUAAAGCAAAAGGCGAAAACUUCACACUUUCUGAAAAAUCACCGGCGAAUUUCACCGGUAAAACAAGCUAUUAAAAUGCCACAAGCCGAACUCUAUCCACCAACAUUGCAACGCUUCGACAAGCCGCGAGACGCUUUGCUUAAAACCUUCGAUCAACUGGACUCCAGUAAUUGGGAGGUCAUUAUGCUAGGCCUUAAAUCAAUGGUGCGCCUAAUGAGGUAUCAUCCGGAGCAAUUGGAAAAUCAAAUGCAUAUGGUAUGCAUACAACUAACGCGUUCGGUGCGUAAUUUGCGCUCGCAAGUGUCACGUGCCGCCUGUCAGGCCACCACCGAACUUUUCACACUCAAAUCGAAGUGUCUGGAACAGGAGUGUGAUGAUUUGGUUUGCGCACUCCUACAUCGUACGGCCGAUACAAAUCGUUUUCUGCGCGCCGAUGCCACACGUGCCCUAGAAUCGAUGUGUGAUAAUUUAACGCCACCAAAAAUAUUAAAUAUACUCACCACAAAGGGAGCGCUGCAUCAGAAUGCUUUGGUGCGUACAACGACGGCAAAACUGUUGCAUCGGCUGGUUGAGCGUCUAGGCAGCGAUAAGGUGUACACUAUGUCACGGGAAAAUCGUGACAAAUUCUUUGUGACGGGCGCCAAUUUACUGCUUGAAGGUAGUCUGGAGACGCGCAGCUAUGCUAAAUCAAUAUUUCGACUGCUCUCCGAUCAUCCCAACUACAAUCGUUUACUUAUUGAGGUGAUACCGGCGCGUACAUAUCGCAAUGUGGAAAAAACGCUGAAAAGUAUACGUUGAAAAUUUGUUUCCGACUACAAAUAAAUUAUAAAAUUAGUUACUUAGUAAAUGCAACGAUAUUUGUACAUAAAAGUAUAUUUAAUGUGAUUCACAAGAAUGUUUUUAAAUGCGAAUUGCUCUGUCACAUUAGGGUAGUUAUAUUUUAAUAAAAUUAUAAUUACACAUUUA